AUGCGCAUUCUUCUUACUGGGACAGUUGUCCUGCUGUCUGCCUGUCUGGCUAACGCUGGCCCAUGUCGUCCUUCAUCGAUUGUUUCCUCGUCAACUGUUGUGGCAUCCGCUAGCGAGACAGCGACCGAAAGUGAGACCGCGACAUCCACUGCUUCUAUCGAUGCCACGCAGACCACUACCGGCCCGACCGAGUCUGAGUCCUCGACCGAGACUGGAACAACUGCGAUUGUCGAAACAACCUCCAGCGUUUCUUCGGUCGAAACAACAACUACGGCGCUUGUCGAUAUCACCACGACCACAAACCCUGUUACCUCUGCUGAGACCACGACCGAGGCCACAACCACCACUGUUGCAGCUACGACCACCACCGAGGGGCCUGAGACACUCCAAUCGAUCUAUUUAUACUCCCGUAGCAACGAUGACCCUGCCCUCGCAGACACCGGCGGCAUAGGCUUCGCAGUACUCCGAGACUCGGCAUUGCCCGACGUAGAAGAAUUAACCUUCACCGCCGACGUCAGCUCUACCCUAUUCUUCACCUUCAGCCAACGUACCGGCCAAGUCAAGAUAGGCAAUGGCCCUGAAGCUGGGAAAGUCCUUGAGUACGGCAUAGGGGGCGACUUUAGCUCGGUCAUUGCUGUUGAGGCUACGGUUGGCGAAGAGAAUGGUAUUGUUCCUAUCGAUUGCGCUAUCGUCAGUUCAGGUGGCAUCCAAACACUUCAGUGCCAGUUCGGCAACGAGGGAACAGCAGACUUUUGGACGUGUGAUGCACGGUUGGUGCUGGUCAAGUCUGGCGUUGACUUUUCAAAUAGGUGUCCCAUUGGUUCGACAGGCUACCACCUGGACUCCAUUCUGGUGUCUGAUGCUCCUGAGAACGAUGAAGAGGCGACGUCCUCGCUUGUGAUGCUCGUUCCUAUCCUCUACAAGGAAAUAUGA